GUCCUCCGAGAUGUUCUUUCAUUUAUCCAUGGAACAUGAAGUGUGCCUUCAUCCCAAGUAUUUUGGACCUAAUUUGAAUGAAACCAUCAAGAUGAAGCUAUUCGCUGAAGUGGAAGGCACUUGCACGGGCAAAUUCGGAUUCGUCAUCGCUGUUACAACAAUCGAUACGAUUGGGCAUGCCAGGCUUGUUUGCUUGUUCCAAUACAAAGCUUUGCUUAUAAAUACCUGUUCAUAUUUGAUCACUCCAGGGCGUGGAUUCGUUAUUUAUCCCGUGAAAUACAAAGCUAUUGUCUUCCGUCCUUUCAAAGGCCAGGUUGUUGAUGCUGUUGUAAAUCAGGUUAACAAAGUCGGCAUAUUUUGUGACAUUGGCCCAUUGUCCUGCUUCAUUUCUCGUCACUGCAUUCCUCCAGACAUGGAAUUUGACCCCAACUCAAAUCCACCAUGCUACAAAACAGAAGACGAAACAUCCAUCAUUAAGCAGGAUGAUGAGAUUAGGGUUAAACUGAUUGGCACACGAGUUGAUGCUAACGAUAUUUUUGCCAUUGGAACAUUGAUGGACGAUUAUCUUGGUCUUUGCUCUACGGAAUGAUU